ACUGGCUCGGCUCGGCGAGACUAGGAGAGGGAGGACUUUAACGAUUUCGAUUUCGAUGCGGUGAAAAGAAACAAGAAAGCAAAAAAAGUACAGUACACACGGGCAGGAUUUCGAACUUGCAAAUUCGGCGAUACGUGUACUUGAGAUACUGGAAGUGAAGUGUCGUUGGUGUUCUGUUCUCUUUAGAGUACUUACGACGCCAAACAUACACAGACGCGAGAUCUGUACCUCCUCCAUCAACACCAAACCAGCUCAACAACACCCCAAUCAAUCAAUCAAUCAAUCAAUCAAUCAACCACACAACCACAAUGACGCGCUCUCACCCCCACCGCAGCAGCAACAACAACAACAACAACAACAACAACAACAACAACAACAACAACAACAACAACAACAACAACAACAACAACAACAACAACAACAACAACAACCUAUUCUCUCAAACAGAGCAGCAAAACGCCGCCGCCGCCCAAACCCUCACCUCCCUAAAGGCGUUCCUCCCACCGCUGAACUUCAUCACGAUCCACUACGCGUAUUUCAUCAGUACGUGUUUGAUUUCUUCGGUUGUGUUUUGGGGGAUUGGGAGGGCUGGGGUUGGGGUUGGAGAGGAGGAGAAGGGGAAUGUGAGGGGGAAUGGGAGGGUGGAGUUUGUGGAUGCGUUGUUUUUGGUUGUUUCUGCCAUGACCGAAUCUGGUCUCAACACCGUCAACCUAAGCCAGCUCGCCCUCGCCCAGCAAAUCAUCCUCUUCAUCCUAAUAGUCAUCGGCUCCAGCAUCUUCGUCAGCAUCUCCACAGUGUGGACACGCAAACGUGUUUUCGAGAAACGCUUCCGGGGCGUCGUCAAGGGUGUUAGAAGGGGACGGUUUCGUGGCGGUAUUCUAGGACGGGAUGAUGCUGGGUACGGAGGGAUGGGCAAUUUGGGAAAUGGGAAUGGAGAAGUUAGUGUAGGUGAACGACUUGAGGAACAGAGGAAGGAAGGAGAUGGUGGUGAUGAAAGGGUGUUUGAAAGUAGGCACUCGGGGCCAAGGGAUCCGACUUCACACCUUUCUCCACAUGGCCCGGAUCUGGGUUCGGAAUCGGUGGCUCGUGAUGAGCUGUUGAAUUCGAAUUUAGAUCUUGGGUCGGGUGGAGGAGGGGAGGGAAUGGGAAGGGGGGAGCGAUAUGAGAUCGAGAUUCAUGGUCUUGCUUCCCGUAGUCUCCAUUCUCGAACCGGAACAAGAAGUCGUGGGAAAGGAGGCCAAGGUGAUCCAGAUCGUAUCUCUUUCACGCGGCAUACAUCCUCUGCUCAGGGAGACACAAACGGGGACUUAGGUACUGGAGCACCACACCAUCGGAUCUUGAAUUUCGCAGGCGUUGGAGCACGUCAUUAUCCUGGCAUGACGACCUCAGCAACAGCAUCGAUCUACAGCGCCACUCAUGGUCCCGCACUUCCCAUGACUUUACAUCAUCGCCUCGAAAGAAAAGCUACAGCGCCAGAUGGAAGGACCUCUCGGGGAAUGCACCCUGAUCUCGACUUGAAGGGAGAGCAACUAGAGCUAGACCAGGCCACAUAUCCGCACUACCUCACACGCCAUACAACAGGUCGGAAUGCUCAGGUCUAUGGCUUAAGUAGAGAGGAGAGGGAGCAUCUUGGUGGUGUGGAGUAUAGGGCUAUCACACUGCUGGGAUGGGUCGUGCCGUUGUAUUUCGUGCUUUGGCAAGUACUUGGUUGUGUUGGUUUGGGUGCAUAUAUGAAGAUUAACAAGGAGGAAGUUAUUAGGGCGAAUGGGAUUAAUUCUUGGUGGCUGGGAAUUUUCAAUGGUGUCUCUGCUUUCAAUAACUCGGGUAUGAGUUUACUGGACGCGAAUUUGAUCCCCUUCCAAACUUCCAUCUACACACUCGUGACCAUGGGAAUGAUGAUCCUGGCGGGAAACACGGCAUACCCUAUUAUCCUCCGCUUGAUCCUCUCCCUCAUGCUCAAAACCCUCAACACCAUCUACCCCUCUCCCACCACUCAUUCGACCCACAAAGCCACCCUCCGCUUCAUCCUCGCCUACCCACGACGUGUUUACACGCACUUGUUCCCCUCUGCCCCAACCCUCUGGCUUCUCUUCAUGGUUAUAACCCUCAACGGCAUCGACUGGAUUGCCUUCGAGCUUCUCAACAUAGGUAAUGCCGCCGUUGAAGCCAUCCCGCACAAUUUCCGUGUCCUGGACGGUCUGUUCCAAGCGCUGGCUGUACGCAGCGGCGGGUUCUACAUAAUUGGGAUAAGUGAGUUGAGGAUUGGGCUACAGGUGUUGUACGUCAUCAUGAUGUAUGUCAGCGUAUACCCGGUAGUCAUCACUAUGAGAGGCUCGAAUGUUUAUGAGGAGAGGAGCUUGGGGAUCUAUGCUGGAGAGGAUGAGGAAGAGAAGGAGGAGAUCUACGGCGCCGGAGAUAGACGAGCCAAACCCUCCAGCGCUCUACAAACCAUCCUCAGCACCCUCUCCUCCCUAGCCCACCCUUUCACGCCAUCCUCCUCCUCUCCUCACCGUCACCACCACACCCACCUCCCCACCCCAACCCGUACCCAAUUCAUCCACCAACAAAUCCGCGGCCAACUCGCACACGACAUAUGGCUCCUCGUUCUCGCCGUCCUUCUCAUAACCUGCAUCGAAGCGUCCUCCUUUGAGAACGACCCCGUCACCUUCUCCGUCUUCAACAUCAUCUUUGAAGUCGUGUCGGGAUACGGAUGUGUGGGCAUUAGUACGGGGAUGAAGGGCCAGGAUUAUAGUUUUAGUGGGGCCUGGAAGCCGAGUAGUAAAGUGCUGCUGUGUGUGGUUAUGGUUAGGGGUAGGCAUAGGGGACUGCCCGUGGCGCUGGAUAGGGCGGUUAGGUUGCCAGGGUUGGGGGAUGAGGGUAUGGGCGUAGGUGGGGAGGUUGAGCUAGAGGAUGGGCGUCUGCAUGGAGAGGGAGGUAUAGGGAGUGGGGUUGAGAGGAAGGAUGAGUUUGAUGUUUAGGGAGGGGCGUGUUGUGGUGUGGUGUGGCGCGGUAUGAACCAGAGCGUCCACGACAUCGUUGGGCUUUAUUUUGUCCGUUUUCUUUGCUUUCGCGUACCUAAUUGCGCUUUAAGUAGAUUCUCCCCACUAUAGACCGAAAGAAAUCGUCCUUUGUUUCCUAUAUAUCAAACAUUUGCAACUUGCUUUUCCGCCUGUAACCUACUAGUGGCCGAGGCUCUUGCUCGCUGACAUGACUAGUGGUAAAAUUUCCUCAUGUGGAAGACAGAUCCCUUGUCCUUUCUCAUUGAGCGCUUACUCCAGGAGUAAGUAAAUUAACAGAGAGAUAAACUGGAUUGGAAUGGAGUGAGAGGAGGGUGUUCUUCGGCUAAAGGCUU